GCCUAGUAUCUCUGUCUCUGUAAAUAAAACCCUAGUAUCUCUUUCUCUGUGUCUCUCUGAUCUCGCCUCUCUCGCCAACAAAACAAAACAAAACCGCAAAAAUGGAGGAAUCGCCACUGUUGAUCGCCGACACUGACGACUUCUGCUCCCAAAUAUUCUCUAAAUAUGGCUCCUCCACCGCCGAGCACCACCAGCACCUCUGCGCCGUCACCGGCGCGAUGUCCCAAACUCUCAAAGACAACAACCAGCCCCUCUCUCUCGUAGCGUACUUCGGCGCCGCCUGCUCGUCUCUCGACCGCAUCUCGUCCGAGUCGGAGCCGUCGGGUCACGCGCUCGACUCGCUCCUCGCGAUUUUGUCGCUGAUUCUGCCGGGAUUGUCGGGCGCGGUUGUGAAGAAGAAGUUUGAGCUUGUGGCGGAGCUGGUGGUUAGGGUUUUAAGAGGAAAGGAGGUGAGUGAGGUAGGGGUUGCCGCCGGGUUGAAGUGUGUGUCGUGUUUGUUGGUGGUUAGAGGGAGUGUAAGCUGGAAUGAUGUGUCGCAGCUUUACGGAAUUUUGCUUAGUUACGCCACAGAUAGUCGGAGUAAGGUAAGAAGGCAAACACAUGUAUGCCUCCGUGAUGUCCUACAAAGUUUUCAGGGUACUGCCAUUCUUGCUCCUGCUAGUGAAGCUAUAGCAAACAUUUUCGAAAGGUUUCUUUUGCUCGCUGGAGGAUCAAAUGCGAGUUCUUCGGAAGGACCUAAAGGUGCCCAGGAGGUCUUAUACAUUUUGGAUGCUCUCAGAGAUUGUCUUCCUCUAUUGUCUUUGAAGUCGUCAACCAAUAUCCUGAAGUACUAUAAAUCCCUACUGGAACUACAUCAGCCCCUUGUUACUAGGCGCAUAACUGACAGCCUAAAUGUGCUUUGUCGUCACCAGAAAGGAGAAGUUUCAGCUGAAAUGCUUCUUGAUCUGUUAGUCUCUUUAGCUGUCUUGAUCUCUACCAAUGAGACAUCUGCGGAUAGCAUGACAGUCACUGCUCGUUUACUAGACGCAGGGAUGAAAAAGGUCUUUUUGAUAAAUAGGCAAAUUUGUGUAGUUAAGCUCCCUGUGGUGUUUAGUGCUCUCGCAGAUGUUAUGGCUUCUGAACAUGAAGAACCGUUGUAUGUUGCCAUAGAGGCAUUUAAGAGCUUAAUAUGUUCAUGCAUUGAUGACACCUUAAUAAAACAAGGCGUUAAUCAGAUCAAUGAAAGCGCAAAAAUAGGAUCACGGAAGUCUGCUCCGACUAUCAUCGAGAAAGUGUGCGCAACUAUUGAGAGUUUACUCGACUAUCGAUAUGCUGCAGUCUGGGACACGUCUUUACAAGUUGUUUCAGCAAUGUUUGACAAGUUAGGUGACAGUUCUUCAUACCUAUUAAGGAGAACACUGACAAACCUGACUGACAUGCAGAAGUUGCCCGAUGAAGACUUCCCGUUCAGGAAACAGUUGCAUGAAUGUGUAGGAUCUGCUCUGGUUGCAAUGGGUCCUGAAACAUUUUUAAGCCUUCUGCCCCUCAAGUUGGAGGCCCAGGACGUGUCUCAGGUCAAUGCCUGGCUUUUUCCAAUUUUGAAGCAAUAUACUGUUGGUUCAAGUUUAAACUUCUUUACAGAGUCGAUCUUUGAUAUGAUUGGCCUAAUGAAGAAGAAGUCUGCUGUGCUUGAACAAGAAGGAAAGAUUCGUGAAGCUAGGACUGUUGAUGGACUGACUUACUCUUUGUGGUCACUGCUGCCAUCAUUCUGCAACUAUCCUCUGGAUACGGCUGAAAGUUUCAAGGAUUUAGAGAAAGCAUUAUGCGGCUCCCUACGUGAUGAACCGGAUAUUCGUGGUGUAAUAUGUUCUAGUUUGCUGAUUCUUAUUCAGCAAAACAAGAAGAUACUGGAAGGGAAUGGCGAUAUAUCUGGUACUGAAACCAACAAUCCAAGGGAGCGAGCACUUGCCAGCUAUACUCCAGAGGUUGCAGCUAAGAAUUUAAAUGCAUUGCGAUCAUCUGCUCGUGAGAUUUUGUCCGUCUUGUCAGGGAUCUUUUUAAAGACUUCCAAAGAUGAUGGUGGACUUCUUCAGGCUACAAUUGGUGAAUUCGCUUCAAUAUCAGAUAAAGUUGUGGUCUCUAGAUUUUAUACGGCUACAAUGAGGAAGCUAUUGAAGGUGACUGAAGAGGCUGGCAAAGCACAAAAUUCUAAAAGUUCGAACUCUAUGGAGGUUGAUAGCUCAUCGUCAGAAGUUCCUCUGUCAGUGGCAAGGGCACAAUUAUUUGACUUGGCAGUUUCCCUUUUGCCUGGCUUGGACCCCAAAGAGACAGAUCUUCUGUUUGUUGCAAUAGAGCCUGCGUUGAAGGAUAGUGAUGGGAUGAUUCAGAAGAAGGCAUACAAAGUUCUUUGUGUUAUUCUCAAGUCUUCUGAUGGGUUUAUUUCAAGAAAGCUUGAGGAGUUGCUUAAUAUGAUGAUAGAAGUGCUGCCUUGCCAUUUUGCAGCUAAACGUCAUAGACUUGACUGUUUGUACUACUUAAUUGAGCAUGUGUCCAAGGAUAAUUUGGAAGAGAGAAGGCAUGCUGUAAUUGCUUCCUUUUUGACGGAAAUCAUGCUUGCUUUGAAAGAGGCUAAUAAGAAAACAAGGAACAGGGCAUAUGAUAUUAUUGUGCAAAUUGGUCAUGCCUGUGGAGAUGAAAAUAGGGGCGGCAAGAAGGAAAAUUUGCGGCAGUAUUUUUACAUGGUGGCUGGAGGACUGGCUAGUGAGACCCCUCAUUCUAUCAGUGCGGCAGUAAAAGGCUUAGCUCGCUUGGCCUAUGAGUUCACUGAUUUAGUUUCCAGUGCUUAUAAUGUUCUUCCGUCAGCGCUGCUCCUCCUCCAGAGGAAAAAUAGAGAAAUAAUUAAAGCUAAUCUAGGUUUAUUGAAAGUUCUGGUAGCUAAAUCGCAUGCUGAGGGUUUGCAUGCAAAUCUAAGGACUGUAGUUGAAGGUUUACUAAACUGGCAAGAUAGUACGAAGAACCAUUUUAAAGCUAAGGUUAAACUACUACUUGAGAUGCUUGUAAAGAAAUGUGGUCUUGAUGCUGUUAGAGCAGUAAUGCCUGAAGAGCACAUGAAACUUCUUACCAAUAUAAGAAAGAUGAAGGAGAGGAAGGAGAGGAAACUUGCUGCUAAUCUAGAAGAGACCAGAUCUCAAUUCUCAAAAGCAACUACUUCACGAGCAAGCAAAUGGAAUCAUACAAAAAUAUUUUCUGAUUUUGGCGACGAAGAAGAUGAAGACAGUGAUAAUGAAUACAUGGGUGCUGAGACAGUGUCUGGUCGACAGACAAAAAAUGUGUCAGUGUUUAACUCUAAAGCAUCCACACUAAGGUCCAAGAGAAAGCGGAAAGCAGCUAAACUUUUGCCGGAAGAUUCAUAUGAUCAAAAAGAUGAUGAGCCUCUUGAUCUGCUUGAUCGGCUGAAGACAAGGGCAGCUCUUCGAUCAAGUGAACAGAAGAAGGCAGAGUCUGAUGAUGAGCUAGAGAUGGAUGCAGAAGGUCGACUGAUAAUCCACGAGGAGGGACAGAAACCAAAAAGAGAGAUGCCCUCUGAACCUGACUCAGAGUCAAGAAGUCAAGCAGGUAGCCAUGUGUCUGAGAACUCCAAAAAAGCUCAAAAGCGUAGGAAAACCUCAGAGUCUGGGUGGGCCAACACAGGGUCGGAGUAUGCCAGCAAAAAGGCUGCUGGUGAUGUGAAGAGAAAGAAUAAGCUUGAACCUUAUGCUUAUUGGCCACUUGAUAGAAAGAUGGUGAGUCGUAGGCCUGAGCAGAGGGCAGCUGCACGAAAAGGUAUGUCAAGCGUGGUAAAGCUGACCAAGAAAUUCGAAGGCAAGAGCGUCUCAAAUGCACUGUCAGUUAAGAUCAAGAGGGGUAAGAAGAAAGCAAACAAGAAAAACAGAUAAUGGAUGGAAAAGAACUAGGUCUGAGGACGAGUACAACUAAAGCUGGCCCGCAGUAUAUUGGUGUAGGGCUGUAAAAUGAUCCGGUUGAUCCCGGGUACCCCUCUGCUCAAGUACCGGAUCAUAUUAUUUUUAGCGUGUCCAGAUUUGGGUCCGGGAUCGUUUUAUUCGGAUAUAAACCGAUCCCGGGUAUUUGAGUUUCGGAUCUGAACCCAAUAUGAUCUAGUAUAAUAUAUUCAAUUUUUUAA